UGCGCGAGAAGGGAAGCUGUCGGCUUAUCAAUGCUACAUAGGAUCAUCGCGAGCCGUCUUGACGUCUGCCUUGAUGUUUCUCUUCAAGGUCUUUUGUCAUGGCACUUACCACGCAAUCGCCCUUGUGCGCCAAUGACGCCUCGUGGGGUCCAAUCAGUGACUGCCGCCACAUCGACUUGACGCUUCUCUUCCAACACAUUGUCCUCUCGGCCUUUGGCAGCGUCGCCUUUAUCCUCACCGCUGUCAUCACCCUCUGGCGAUGGCUGAUCAGCCCUCGCGAGAAGGCUGCUGGCUUACUUCCACAUCGCAAUCUCAAUGCUAAGAUCGCUCUGGCUUGUGCUCUCCUCGCUGCACGGCUAAGUGUCCUAGGCGUCCUCGACCAUGCUAGUGGCUCGAGAUGGCCAGCUACGGCCGUCGCCGCCACCUCUGCCCUCGCAUUGUCGGCUUCGCUCCUCCUCAUCCCUACUCUUGCGGUGCUUCAUGGCCACAAGUCGGCGGCCUGUCCACGCACUCGUCUGAUCCUCUAUUACGCAUUCCAAUGCUCUGCCUCUGUCGCUACCAUCCGCAGCCUGCGAGCUACCGGGACGUAUGCCUACGCCCUCAUCGCAGUCGCCUUCAUCACGGCGCUCCUCCUGCUUCUGGAGAUCAUCCCGCGAUCAGCAUUCCACCCGGAAUCAGAGCAAGACCUCGGCCUCGUCUGGGGAUCGCUCCUUGCCUGGACCUCGCCUCUCCUUAUCGCUGGCCUCCGUCGUCCACUCGUAGAGGCCGAUCUCUUGGCCCUUGAUGCAAAUCUCGAUGCUCAUUUCAAAGGCGCGACGCUCCUCAAGUCGCCUUCCCUCGGUAUCGACAAUAGAGGCACUCGGCUGAUUUGGGCCUUCACAUCCACCUUUCCCGCCGUCACGCUAGCGCCCGUGAUUCCGCGUAUCAUCCUCAUGUGCCUUCAGCUGCUACAGCCCAUCAUAAUCGAGCGCCUCGUCGACUUUGUAUCUCGCCAAGACGUCUCUGACGCCGACAGGUGGUCUCUCGUAGGCGGCAUCUCUCUCCUGUAUCUCGGCAUCGCUCUGACUGGCAGCGUCUACUGGGGUCUCGUCUUCAAAGCCACUCUCGCCUUUCGCUCCGCUAUGGUACCCGCCAUCUUUCGCUCAAUGCUCGUGACGUCCAGCUCAGCAGGCUCAGAUGCAGCUACUCUGAUGAGCGUCGACAUGGAGCGCAUCACCAUGGCUUUGCAGGAGGUGCACGAGAUAUGGAUCGCCUUCCCGACGAUUGCCAUUGGCUCGUACAUGCUCUACGAGAGAUUGGGCGUCGCCUUCUUGUCCUGCCUCGGAACCGUCAUCACCCUCGUCUGUUGUGCAGUCCUCCUGAGUAUGGGUCUACCAGCGCUUCAAAAGUCGCUCCUUCAAGCUACUGAGCGUCGCGCUACACGGACCUCUCGCCUCUUUGCCCAGCUCAAGACGAUUGUCCUGUCCUCUUACCAAAGUCACUUCGCCUCAGCAAUCGCAGAGAUACGGUGUCAGGAGGUCUCCGCCCUUGUCGCCUUCAUGCAGCGCGUCACAGCCGUAUCGAUGCUGGCCACCAGCACUACCAAUUUUGCCGUUGUGGUCGUCCUCGCCGUCGCCUGGUCCCUCUCGCAACACGACGCGGGUAGACACCUCAUUCUCUCGCCGGCCGUAGUCUUCUCCUCACUCAGCGUGAUCACCAUCAUCGAGGCGCCCAUCGUAGCUAUUGGCCAGAAGCUUGGUACCCUCUUCGCCGCUACCGCCAGCUUUGGCCGCAUACAGACUUAUCUUCACCAGGCAGCACACACCGAUUCAUGGUCAGUAGAGCCGGACGAGAGCAUUCAGCUUCUACUCCAAGCGCUACAGCGCCAGCUACAGCUGGGCACUGGUGUGCUGCGUCUGAUCGGCUCGGCGGGCACGGGCAAGAGUACAGCUCUACGGAAGACAUUGCACAGCCUCCAGCAAAGCACGGGCGUUAUGGUAGGCUACGUGCCCCAGGGCGGCAGCCUGUACGAGUCGCUAUCGGUCAGAGACAACAUCGUCUUAUGCUCGGGUACCCCUCUCGAUAGCGGCCGUCUAGACGCCUGCCUCGUAUUUUGCUGCUUCGACGAGGAUCUCGCAAGGAUGCCAGAUGGGCUUGAGACACAAGCCUCUCAGCUGAGCGGAGGGCAACGACAACGUGUGGCCACCAUGCGAGCUUUGUACUCGCACAGUCCGCUCCUGGCCUUGGACGACUCAUUGUCUGCCUUGGACGUGACCACGGCGUCUACGAUUCGGCAGCAUCUGAUGAGCGGCGUGGGACUGAUGGCGAGGCGUCUUCUUAUUUUCGUCUCGCACGACCUGGACAAUUGGGAUGCUCGACGCGCGGCUUCCGUCUACGAAUGCGUGUGGACAGAGAAGGAUGGGUACGCGCUGCGACAGAGGGAGUCGAGCACGAUCACGGUCGACGAGGACUUGCCAAGUAUAGAUGGUUCAAUCCCGAACCAGAACCGCUGGCACGCAGCCGUCAAGCAGCCUCGCGCCACAGAGGACAUUCACAGCGAUCGUCUCGGAUGGGCACCGUAUCGCUUUUACCUGGCCUCUGCUUACCUGCCCUGGCUCGCUCUCUGCAUUGUUACAGCCGCCAUAGGCAUGGGUGGCUUCUACAUAGUCAAGAUCGUGGUUCAGCAAUGGGUUCGUCGAGGCACUCCGGACGGCAAGCUGCCAGACGGUCCCUUCUGGCUUGCCAUGCUCAGUGCCUCGACGCUAGCCUCCGCCUUCAUCCUAUGUGCCUCGUCUUUCAUCAAUGUCAGCGCAAUCCUCCCCUCUUUCAGCCGCAAGAUCCACGAGCGAGCCCUCCGCGGCGUUUUCGCCAAGACGGCCUUUAGCGGCUCGCAACUUACCAACCGCUUCACGCAAGACAUUGCCGUCGUAGACCUCGACUUCCCCAAGGCUUUCCAUACCACUUUCGCGUUCAUCAUCGCGCUGGGUGGCAUCGUGGCCACAUUCAUCGCAGCAGUGCCCCUAAUGGCCGUCUUUCUCCCCUUCAUCGGCGCAUGCUACUGGCUGCUGCAGCGCGUCUACACCCGCGCGUCUCGCCAAAUCAGGUCCAUGGAGCUCGAGUCCAAGACGAGCCUCUUUGCCAUCUUUCGGGACGCCAGCGAGGCCAGAGAGGUCGUCCACUUUCUCCGGGGCCAGCCGUCCUUUCAGCGACGUUGCGAUGAUGCCGUCAAUCAGACGCAGCGCGCCUUCUAUACUCGCUUGACGACGCUACGUUUCCUCGUUUUUGCCCUCUAUGCCCUUACCUGGAUUGCAGUCAGCAUCAUGGCUGCCCUUGCCGUUGCGCUGCGGCACAAGGUCUCGCCAACCUUGCUCGGUGUAGCGAUGAAUAGCGUCACUGUGCUUGCACAGACGCUCGAGUGGUGCGCCAAGUCCUUUGCUAUGCUUGAAACGGCGGCUGUUGCGGUCAACCGCUUGCGAGAGCUGGUGACGAUAGAGGAGGAGCGUGUAGCCGAAGCCAACAGCAAGCUUCUGCUUUCAUCAACGGGUUGCGUGGCCCUCGAGCUCAGUGACAUAUCUGCAAAGCGCAUCGCCGACGGUCCCGGCGUCCUGGAGCAGAUCAACCUUUCCAUUCGUCAAGGCGAAAGGGUAGCGAUCACUGGUCGUACGGGCUCGGGCAAGUCGACAUUGAUCACUGCUAUUCUUCGCGCCUUUGAUGACGAGUCGCUCAUCGAAGGUGAGGUCAAGCUUGGUGGGCAGAGCUGGAGCGAAGUCUCUGCCGACAAAUGGCGCGAAUCCUUCUCGUACGUAGCCCAGGAGCCUCUCGUGUGGGAAGCAUCCGUGAGGGAGCUGCUUACUGUGGGAAGCGAAGAUCAUCUUGAAGCAACGCUUUGGGAAGCGCUGGAGAUCGUUGGCCUGGCCGAGCGCGUACGGGCUAGCGCAGCCGGCAUCGAAGCGCAAGUGGUCGGCGCUGACGAUGCGCAAGGCCCAGAGGCUUGUCUGCGAUUCUCUUGUGGCAAGCUGCAGCUGCUCGCCUUCGCAAGAGCGAUCCUCGAGAUUGACCGACCCUUCAUGCUCCUGGACGAAACCGACUCUCGCCUCGAUGUCGGGGCGAGGCCAAGAUACUCGAGGCUAUCAAAAACUGUCCGCUGCUUCGAGAUAGGACAAUCAUCGCAGUGUCCCACCGAACCGGUACGUUUGUGAGAAGUCAUCGCCAUCACGCGGCUAUGAGCUAAUCGGUCGUCUUCCUCGCGUGGUUCCGCAGAUCUCGAUCGGCAUUAUGGACGAGUCGUCACCUUGAGUCGUGGGCGUAUCAUCGCGUAUGUGUCCCAGGACGAUGGUGCCCACGCUCAAUGAGUGCUCAAUUUCACGUCAUCGACAAUUGA